AUGGCCGAAGCGGAUUUCGAAAUCGACUUUUAUGGGGACGCCGCCAACGACCAGCAGAACCACCAGGAGGGCGGCCACAAGGAGGGCGAGAAUGAGUACCGGGGCGACCACGAUGACCACGGCAAGGUAGAUCACGGGGAUCAGGGACAUCAUGACGACCACGGAGACCACGACCAGCACAACAGAGAGGAGCAUGGCGACGACCAUCAGCGCCGAGCGAGCGAGGCGGAAGACACAUCAUCUCGGCAGGGCGUCAAGAGGAAAUCGGAAGAGGACGACCGUCCAGUCGAUGCAAACGCCACCGCUGCCGUUAUGAUUUCUGAGCUCAGCUGGUGGACGACGGACGACGACAUCCGUGGCUGGCUCCGUGGCGCCGAUUGUGAGGCCGAGGUCAAGGAGCUCACCUUUAGCGAGCACAAGGUCAAUGGAAAGAGCAAGGGCCAAGCGUACAUCGAGUUCUACUCCCGGCAAGCGGCCACGGCGGCCAAGCACCAUAUCGACCACACGGCUACUGAAAGCGCCCAGCCGGGGCAGCAGAAGAAGCUGACAACGUCAUACUGGAACCCGGGGAUGAAUCCGUUCAGGACGCUACCGAAGGACGCCCCGGCGCGUGUCAAGGAGCAGCCCCGCGCCGCCCCUUCAGGGCCGUACAACGACCGGGGCAACUAUGGCGGUGGCUUCCGCGGCCGUGGUGGCUACGGCGGCGGGCGCGGCAUGAACCAGAACAACUUCAACAGCAACCGCAACUUCAACAACAACAUGGGAUUUAACAACAACAUGGGCGGCGGAUUCAACGGCCCUAUGGGUGGCGGCAACUUCGGCUUCCAGGGCGGUCGCGGCGGCAUGAUGGGAGGCGGCAUGCGGGGUGGCCCUGGUGGCAUGCGAGGUGGCCGCGGUGGCAACAUGAUGGGCAUGGGCCCCAUGGGCGGCAUGCCGAUGGGGAUGCCGGGGAACAUGGGCAUGAUGGGCAUGGGUGGAGGCAUGCCAGGUUUCCAGGGCAUGAACCCCAACUUCAACGGCGGCUUCGGCUUUAACCAGAACCAAGGCGGGGGCGGAGGAGACUGGGGCAACCCUCACGGGGCAAAGCGCCCACGACCCGAGUAG